AUGCGAGGUCAACUCGAGUUAACACCAACCUAUGAAAUACAAUUAGAUGGAAAGAUUCUUGCCAAUGCACAUGCAAUGGGUGAUAUAGACGGCGAUGGUGCGACGGAACUGUUAUUUGGUUCACUGAUGGGUAAAGUAUCCGUUUUUAAGAGUAUCGAGAAUCAGCUGGUUCAAUGGAAAAGCUGCAACGUGAAUGGCACUGUCACGUCUCUUUGUCUAGCUUCGUCCAUUGUUAGAGAUACAAAACGGAUUCUUGUGGCAACAGCAGAAGGCAAAUGCUCUAGUUUUUGCUCUGUAGAGGGCAAUAGAGUGUUGCAAUUGUGCUCUGAGUUUAAUGUUGCGCUCAAUAUCUGUGACACUGUCUAUUUGAACAGCGAGCUCAUUGUUGCCACGCGUGAUGGACGUGUGCUUGUAUAUCGACUCAAUCUAGCAAACGCCGACGACCUAGCAGAGUUCGUGCAGGUCGCACAAGUGGAAAUUAACGAAGAGAUUGAAACGCUGAUCAUGCUGCAGUCUGACCUGCAGAAUCCAGAUGCAUCACCUCGGGUUCUUGCUCGAUGCUUUUCUGGUCAUAUAUUUUGCAUUGACAGAUCAAGCGAAGCAAAUGCAGUGGACAAGCAAACUGUUGUACCGUGGAACGGCCCUCUUCAUGACAAUGACGGCAUCACUUUUGUGGUUCCCGACAUUGAGCUGGGUGGAAAGCGAGGGAUGGUUGCGCUUGUAUCGAUGAACGGUCUUGUGUCGCUGUUCUCAUCAUUGGGAGAGAGGCAGUGGGAUUUUCAGUUGCCAGAAGCUGUGGUGAACGCCGACAAGCUCGAGAUGACAGCGCCGGACGGUCAUCGUCAUGAUGCAAUUGUCGUGUGCACCUGGAGUGGACAAAUAUACGCUUUUCAAAGCGAGCAAAGACUAGUGCGCUUCCGAAUGUUGCUACCAGCCUGCUCAAUGUUUUGUGUCGGCAUACGUGACUUGUCUGCCCAAAUUGACCCUACCAUUGUCGGAAUCAGCACUUCUGGCAUCGUUUUUGUUUAUCGUGAUGUCCAAGAAACACUUAUUCGAGGUCUGCAGGACUCAACUCUGACGGAUAAAAUCAAGGAAAGCGCUGUGUUUUAUCAGCUGGAGAGCUCAGAGAAACGAAAAGUGCUAAUGAAGAAGCUCCAGAAUGCGUUUCCACAAUUUGUCGUGUCAGCCAAGACUGCAACACCAAGUGUGGAAGAUCUUAUCAAGGCUAUGCUUGCCAUUCCUCUACAGCCGUAA